AUGGCAGAUCUCUACACCUCUCUCCAGGUCUCUCCUAGGAAGAAGCGUUGCCUAUCCGACUCUUCCGACGACAACACGGCGACUCCCAAGAAACUCAGGAUCUCCCCGCCUACACCACCCGCGACUCGGUCGCGUAAAGGCGGGAAGACUGAGGCGAAGCCGCUGCCCGACCACCUCUCGCGCCUCUAUACCAUCCAGAAUAGCCUACUGCACGCGCUCUCCCAUGCCCUAGCCACUUGCGCCGUUUCCCCCUCUUCGGACACCGGCGUUGUCCGCAACGUCUUGAAUCACUUCUCGCUCAACACGUACACGGGCAUGACCACCCGGUUCAAUGUGGACGACCUCAAGCGGCUCUGCUGGCUAUGGGAGUGGGAUAUGAAGAAGGCGCCGAAGGAAGACGACGAGGAUGAGAAUCCCUUCUUGGAGUCGUCUUCCCCCUCGGCCUCGCCCUCUAAGGCCAAGGACUGGACUCGAGGCGCGAUGGGUAUUGUCGUGAGCCCUGCCACUCACAGGGUGGAUGGCAAACGCGUUCCCGCAUAUGGUGUAGGGAUCGAAGUCGAGAUGGACAUCGACAAGGAUAUGGGUGGCGGAAUGGCUGCGGUGGCGCGUUGGACGAGCGCCGCCGAAAGCAGGCGGAAGGAAUUUCGCCAAAAGCUCGACCGCUGGGUCGAGCUUCACGACGGCCAAGUCCCCAUACCCAAGGUGCCCGUAGCGGAUCUCCCUUCGCUGGACACCACCUCCAAGAUGUCGAACCUCACUAAGUUACUGGCUUCAGCUUCGCCCAAGUCGGGCAAGUUCCCGCAGCCCGAGCCUCCUUCCUCCCCAACGUCACCUUCCAAGUCUCCCUCCAAACGAGCGAUGCGCGACUUCGCUAUACCUUUCCCUAUUUCUCCGAUGAAGACCCCGACUGCGAACCGCACGAUGACUUUCCCCUCUAUCUCACCUACUAAGUCCAAGAAUACCAUCACCUUCCCGAGCUCUCCUACGAAAGCCCGGAAUACGAUAACGUUCCCCAACUCACCCACGAAGGGCUCCUCUAUGCCCCAAACCCCGCGACACCGACACCCUAUUGGCGAAGACGCCAUCCUCACGCCUGCGAGAACCCCUAGGUCCUCUGUGUCGUCUUUCGACGACGCGUUGGAACCGUCGAGACCGUCUACGCCUACGCGUCAGCGCGGUGCUGAUGCAUCGACGGUUCCGCAGACACCAACUACCGCACGCCGACAGGCACUUUACGACCGGAUUCGUCAGAAAUCCGUUACGAGCACACCUACGAAAACCCCGAUGAAAGAAGUCCCAGGAAGCAAGAUGUCGCGCGACCUCAUGCUCAAGAUGGGCCAGGAAGAGAUGCGCCGACGCUGCCUCCUUGGUCGGCUUAGUGGCGUUGCGCAGAGCGUGUGGAUGUUCUUCUCCACGCCUGCUGCGAGCAGCAGCAACGCGACGCCGACCGCGCGCAAGCGCCGGACGCGGCCGACCUCCGAAGUCGCGCAGGCGGUGAUCAAGUCCUCCCCCGUGCCGAUCUCCCUCGCCGAAGCGAAUGAGUCGUUGGAGAUGCUCACGAGCCUGUGCCCGUUCUUCCUGAAGCCGCUGAACAUCGCGGGCGAGGAAUGGCUCGAGAUGCCCGCUACGGUGUCGUCGGGGAACAGCAGUACGCCCGCCGGGUUCGCCCCCGCUGCGGUCGACGCCAGUCCCUCGAAGCGUCCUCGGGUCCCGCCGAGUCCGGGGAAGGUCGACAGCGCGACGGAGCUUGUCACGCGCAGCCCGAAGAGGGUGAAGAUGGAGACCGGCGGGCUGCGUGAGGUGCGCGAGAUCAUUCGUCGCGAGCUCGAACUUCAGGACUAG